CGCUCCCUCCUUCCACUCUCGCCGGCACCGACGUUGCAACCCCGAGAAGAAGAAGAAGAAGAAGAAGACAAGCUUCUGCGUCUUCCCGUGGCCGCCAUUGAUGAUUCGCUUCCUUCUCAAAGCGUCACUGCGAAUCCCCAUCAGCAAAGGAGGCCCGAAUCCCUAUCUCUGCCAUCCCUCCGUCCAAUCCCUCUCCACCGCCCCCGCCCCUCCUUCGAACCCCGGCUCCCUCGAGGACCGCCUCGCCCGCGCCCAUGGCUUCUCCCCGGAAUCGGCCCGCGCCGUCGCCGCCGCCGUCGACCCCAAGCUCAGCCCCAAGCUCGACUCCUUCGUCGCCGUCUUCAAGGGCCACGGGUUCUCCCCCGCGGAGGUCGCCCGCGUCUUGCUCAGGUACCCCAGGGCCCUCCGGUCCAACCCGCUCAAGAACCUGAAGCCCAAGCUCGAUUUCCUCGCCGGCAACGGGGUCGCGGGCGAAGCCCUAGUCCACGUCCUCACCAACGAUCCCUAUCUUCUCAGGAGGAGCCUGGAGUUGCAGCUCGCCCCCUGUUUCAAUUGCCUCGUUAGGUUCUUCGGCAAUAGGAGGGACGCGGUUGCCCUUUUGAUGGUCAAGCGCGGGACUUGGGUACUGCACAAGUUCACCGAUUCGAUGGAGGUCAAUAUCAAUAAGCUCAGGCGGCUCGGCGUGCCGGAUUCGAGCAUCGCGAAAUUGAUGACGGUCCGUCCUAGGACUCUGUCCCGGGAGGCGGCCGAGUUCAGCGAGAUCGUGGACGAGAUAAGGCGGAUGGGCCUUCACCCUUCGAGCUUGAUGUUUGUUUACGGGGUGAUUACGCACGCCGGGAUGAGACGCCCGAAAUGGGAGUCCAAGAUAGCCGUCUUUAAGAAGUUUGGGUGGUCGGAUGAGCAGUUUAAGGCGAUAUUCGUGAAGCAACCUCAGAUUAUGAAUCCCUCUGAGGAGAGGAUGCAGCAAUUCUUGCAUUUCUUUAUGAACGAGUUGGGAUGGACCGCGGACGAGUUGACGAAUUGCCCCAGUAUCUUUAUGGCGAGCUUCGAGAAAAGAAUUUUGCCUAGGAUGUCCAUUCUUUUGGUUUUGCUAUCGGAGGGUCUUGUGAAGAGGAAGUCGUUGCUAGGGAAACUCCUCAUGUCUGAGGAUAAGUUUUUGAGUAAGCUUGUGAUGGAGAAUGUGAAAAAGGCUCCCCAGCUUUUGCAGAUGUAUGAAGACAAACAAGUUCUAGCACAGUUCCAUGCUGUCAAGGUAACACCGAAAUUCCUCCGACCGAAGAUCCGAUACUGUGCAAAGAAAGCAGAUGAACCCGUCUUCUUGCACUUCUUCUUCUUCCUCCUCCUCCUCUUCAGUUCUAACUUGGUCCCGAUGUUUCGCUCCCUGCUGAAACUCAAACCUCUCCGGCCACGUCCAUCGCCUCCGUCGACGGUCCACCUCCGCCUCUCCCUCCUCUCCCUCUCCACCUCCUCCUCCUCCUCCUCCUCCUCUCCUCCUCCGUCAGUCGCCGGCGCCCUCGUCCGCUCUCAUGGGUUCUCCCCGGAAUCCGCCCGCGCCGUCGCCCGCGCCGUCGCCCCGAAGCUCGCUCCCAACCUGGACGGCUUCGUCGCCCUCUUCAGGGACCGCGGCUUCACCCCCUCGGACAUCGCCAGCAUCCUGACCCGGUGCCCCGACACCCUCGUGUCGAAGGCCAGCAACCUCCUCGAGCCCAAGCUCGAGUUCUUCGAGGAGAACGGCGUCUCGGGCGGGGCUCUCGUCCACGUCCUCGUCAACGACCCUUACGUCCUCGGGAGGAGCCUGAAGUCGCAGCUUGCUCCCUGCUUCGAUUGCCUCGUCAAGUUCUUCGGGAGCAGGGAAGGUGUGGCGUCGCAUCUGCUGGUCAAGCGCGGGACUUGGGUCCUGCGCGCGUUCGCUGAUUCGAUGGAGGCCAACAUCGCUACCCUCCGGCGGCACGGGGUGCCGGAUUCGAGCAUCGCCAAGAUGAUGACGCUGCGCCCCAGGACGUUGUCGCGGGAGACGGGUCAGUUCAGUGAUCUCGUGGAUGAAAUCAAGGGGAUGGGGUUUGACCCUUCCUCCUUGUUGUUCAUUCAUGGGUUGAUUUCGAUGGCUGGAAUGAAACGUCCUAAGUGGGCGGCCAAGAUGGCUGUCUUUAAGAAGUUCGGGUGGUCAGAUGACCAGGUGAAGGCGGCAUUCUUGAAGCAACCCAAGGUUAUGGGUUUGUCUGAAGAGAAGUUGGAGAAGGUGUUGAAUUUUUUCAUGAACGGGUUAGGGUGGACCGCAGAUAACUUGGUCACGUAUCCCACCAUUUUUAUGUCGAGCUUCGAGAACUGCAUUUUGCCCAGGGUGUCCACUCUUCUCACCUUGGUAUCGAACCGCCUCUUGAAGAGGGAGUCGGUGGCAUCUGGGCUCGUGCUGUCUGAAUCUGUGUUCUUGAGGCGGUUUGUGAUGAAGAAUUCGGUCAAGGCACCCCAUAUUUUGCUGAUGUACCGGAAUAAAGAAGUUCUGCCACAAUUUAACUUGGUUGAGGACUCGUCGAAAAGAAUGGUAGAGGGUGACCAGUGUUUGUAGCAUCUUGUUACAUGAGCUUUGGAGGAGGUUCCUAGUAGUUUUUAGCUUAUGCGGGAUGUGGAAGUUUGUCGGGUUUUCAAUUCAGACUAGGGCAGUUUC